CCCAGUUCGGCCCAAACGCCUCCCGCGAUCGAAACCCUAGCAAGUCCCAGGCCUUAUAAAUUCUCAACCACGCCGCCGGCUCCCACACCCUAGAAACCCCCUGCCUCCUGCGCCUCCACCCUCCCUCUGAGGCCGCAGAUACGUCCGGUGUGAGGAAGCCGCCCGCCGCCAUGUCGUCAAGCGAGGUCGCCUGCACCUACGCCGCCCUCAUCCUCCACGACGAUGGCAUCCCCAUCACCGCCGAGAAGAUCGCGGCGGUCGUGAAGGCGGCCAACAUCAAGGUCGAGUCCUACUGGCCGGCGCUCUUCGCCAAGCUCCUCGAGAAGCGCAGCGUCGAUGACCUCAUCCUCUCAGUCGGAUCUGGUGGUGGUGCUGCUCCAGUUGCCGCCGCUGCCGCCCCGGCUGGUGGUGCUGCUGCCGCUGCUGCCCCGGCUGCUGAGGAGAAGAAGGAGGAGGCCAAGGAGGAGUCUGACGAUGACAUGGGCUUCAGCCUGUUCGACUGAGGAGCCCCUAGCCCAGUUAUUAGCAAAUCCGCUUAGUCUGUCCAAGACUAUGAAUGUUCUGUCUUUAGGCUUUUGUUACAAGUACUCAAGUUUUGAGUUUUUGAGAUGUGAUCUUAUGGAUAUGUGAUGAACCACAAACCUACUUGGAUGGUCCUGUUAGAAUGAAACUUGUUUCAAUA